AAGCGGAAAAUGAAGGAUUACAAAAAAAAGUUAUGGAGCGCAGCCUAAUCGGCUCAGGUCUGUGUCACGCUGCUGCGCAGUUUCCCAGCUUCUGUUUGAGAGCCGAGGAGGACACGAAAGAGUCCGGCGGAAGUAUUUGAGAGCCAAACCGAAGCGCUCGUGCGGUUUUAGAGAAUGUUCAGGUGUGUUUUCCCGUCUCUAAGGACUGUGUGUUGUUGAUGUCACCACGGAGGAGGGCCGGCGAAGCGGACAGGUGCACGGCGUGAAUUUCCCACAGAGGAUUUUUUUUUUUUUUUUUCAAAAUAAAAGCGUUACUUUUAACUUUGCAUUAUUUCCCCUCGCUCUGACUGAGUCUAAAUUUCCUUUGGAUAUUUGAGGAGGUUCCGGUGCGCGGUGGGGCUUUUGCGCACACUCGGUCGGUGGCCAUCAGCGGGUUAACGGGGAGGCAGAAGGCGCUGCUGUUUGUUAAGUUGCUCUGAACCCCGCGGAGCAUCCGAAACGAGCCUCCCGCUCCUCUGCGGCACUGCGCGCUCACAGACAGAUGAUGCUCGGGUGACUGGACGGAUUUUUUUCCAUAGAGAACGCAAGGAUCCAAACCUACACAGCUUUGGGGGGGGAAAAAUAAAGAGUUUGUUCUGGAAUAACUUCUUUAUUCUGCGAUGCUGCGCUCCCGCGUCGUCGCGCUGUAGUAGGAGGUUGCUUUUGAAGGACAGCUGUUCAUGGACGUCGGGGUUUCGCGCGCGCCGCCAGCGAUGUCCAAGACACUGAAGAAGAAGAGGCACUGGUCCGCCAAGCUGCAGGAGUGCGCCGUGUCGUGGGGGGGAUCCGGGGAGCUGGUGUCCGUGGUGGAGGUGCGCGGCGGCGCUGAGCUGGGAGAGUUCCCCUACCUUGGACACAUGGUCAUGGACGCGCUGGUGUGCCACGCCGGGAGGCUCCCAAGCAGCGGGGACGUCCUGCUGGAGGUGAACGGCACGCCGGUGAGCGGGCUCACCAACAGGGACACUCUGGCCGUCAUCCGCCACUACCGGGAGCCAGUCCGCCUGAAGACCGUGAGACCAGGUAAGGUGUUGAAUACUGAUUUGCACCACUACCUCAGUCUGCAGUUCCAGAAGGGCUCCGUGGACCACAAACUGCAGCAGGUCAUCAGAGACAACCUGUACCUGCGCACCAUUCCCUGUACCACUCGGCAGCCCAGAGACAAGGAAAUUCCAGGAGUGGACUACAACUUCAUCACUGUGGCGGAGUUCCGGGAGCUGGAGGAAAGUGGGAUGCUGCUGGAGAGUGGCACCUAUGAUGGUAAUUACUAUGGAACCCCGAAGCCUCCUGCUGAGCCCAGCCCUGUCCAGCCAGAUUUGGUGGACCAGGUACUGUUUGAUGAGGAUUUUGACACGGAGGUCCAGCGAAAACGGACAACCUCAGUCAGUAAGAUGGACAGGAAGGACAGCGCUGCUCCAGAGGAGGAGGAGGAAGAGGAGAGACCCCCUAUGGUCAACGGUGUUGGAGAGCACAAGGACAAAGCGGACUGGAGGAGGACCGUGCCCAGCUACUCCCAAUCGGCAGGCGCCAUGGACUGGCGAGCUUGGGGCAGUCAGGAUGAAAGUCAGGAGCCCCUGCCUAAAAACUGGGAGAUGGCCUACACAGAGACGGGCAUGGUCUACUUCAUAGAUCAUAACACCAAAACCACCACCUGGCUGGACCCCCGCCUUGCUAUGAAGGCCAAACCUCCCGAGAAGUGCGAGGAAGGAGAGCUGCCCUAUGGCUGGGAGCGGAUCGAGGACCCCCAGUUUGGGCCCUACUAUGUUGACCACAUCAACCAGAAGACCCAGUUUGAGAAUCCAGUAAUGGAGGCUAAGCGGAAGCUGAGCACGGACCCGCCCACUGGUGCAUCACCGCAGCCAGAAGCAGCUGCACCUCCAGAAGUGAUGGAGCCGCCUGCUCCCGGAGCGCGGGGUUUCACACGGGAUCCAUCCCAGCUGCAUGGCACCUUCGUGCACACGACCCUCAAGAAGAGUCUCCACGGAUUUGGCUUCACCAUCAUCGGCGGGGACAGACCUGACGAGUUCCUCCAGGUCAAAAAUGUUCUUCCAGAUGGUCCCGCUGCUCACGACAAAAAGAUCGCCUCAGGUGAUGUGAUUGUGGAGAUUAACGAGGCCUGCGUGUUGGGGAAGACUCACGCCGACGUGGUGCAGAUGUUUCAGUCCAUCCCAGUCAACCAGUACGUGGACAUGGUCCUGUGCCGGGGCUACCCACUGCCCGAGGACUCCGGCAGUAACGAGGAGUCAGCAGGUGGCGCCGCGUCUUCCACGGACACCUCUCUGCCUCCGUCCACCUCCACUCCGCAGGAUCCCCACUACACGAUCCCAGACGGGGCGAAUGUCUCUCGGCAGGUUGCCUCUGUGCCGCCCAUCAGCAACGGACGUCUCAACCAACCUCACCCCGUCCAUCAACACCUCCCUCAAGCCCAAGACGCUCCUGACCCGACUCUUUUGCAGCCAGAGCUAGUGAGCGUUCCGCUGGUGAAAGGUCCAGGGGGCUUUGGCUUCGCCAUCGCAGACUGCCCCCUCGGACAGAAGGUGAAGAUGAUCCUGGAUGCACAGUGGUGCCGCGGCCUGUUGAAGGGCGACGUCAUCAAGGAAAUCAACAGACAAAAUGUUCAAACCUUGAGUCAUUCCCAGGUGGUGGACAUCCUGAAAGACCUAGCCGUGGGCAGCGAGGUCAGCGUGUUGGUGCUCAGAGGAGGUCAGACAUCUCCUGUGAAAUCACUAAAACCUGUCACAGCGCCCGUGUCCCACACCGUUUCGCAGCCUGUCCUUGAACAAGCGCCGCUUCCUGUUCCCCAGCAGCUACCCCACCCACCCUCACACCACCACCUCCAGCAGCAGCAGCAGGAGAUGAUCAGCAGCACUGAGACCCUCACUCAGUCCGACGUGACUCCCAACUCUCUCCCCGUCUCCAGCGGCACCUUGCGCUCAUCUUCGCCCAAACCAGACGCCUCCGAGCUCUACCUCAGGUCCAAAGCCAUCCUGGACAGCAAGCCACCAAACACAAAAGAGCUGGAUGUGUUUAUAAAAAGGAACCAGGAGUCUGGUUUCGGCUUCAGGGUUCUGGGAGGCGAGGGCCCGGAUCAGCCUGUUUACAUCGGCGCCAUCGUCCCCUACGGCGCAGCCGAGAAGGACGGGCGCCUGCGGGCCGGAGACGAGCUUCUCUGCAUCGAUGGAAUACCAGUCAAGGGCAAAUCUCACAAGCAGGUUUUGGAGCUGAUGACCAACGCCGCCCGCAACGGCCACGUCAUGCUCACAGUCCGCAGGAGGCUGGCACACGCAGACGUAGCUGGGGAGGAAGCGAAUGGUCCGCAGUCACAGCAGGUCAGCAGCUCCCCGAAGAUGCCCCGCGUUGAGGCACCCAACAGUGGACUGCCCACUCGACCCGAGAGCUUCGAUGUCACUUUGCAUCGCAGGGACAACGAAGGCUUCGGCUUCGUCAUCCUCACCUCGAAGAACAAGCCCCCGCCUGGAGUCAUUCCUCACAAAAUCGGCCGCAUCAUUGAAGGCAGCCCCACCGACCGCUUAGGCCAGAUGAAGGUGGGGGACCGCAUCUCUGCGGUCAAUGGGCUCUCCAUCAUGGAGCUGUCGCACAACGACAUCGUUCAGCUCAUCAAGGACGCCGGCAACACGGUCACCCUCACUGUGGUGCCCGAGGACGACAACGCCCCUCCCUCCGGAGCAAAUUCAGCGAAGCACAGCCCGUCGGCCCAUCACCGAGCUGUGGGGCAGCAGCCUGCAAACCAUCAGGACAGAAACGGAGAUGCUGAAGUCAAGAAUGGCGUCUCGCCGGCCGAGAUGGGAGCUCUUAUCCCAUCAGGACCCAAGCAGGGCUGCUUUGUGGUGGAGUUGGAACGAAGCCAGCGCGGUUUCGGCUUCAGUCUGAGAGGAGGGAAGGAGUAUAACAUGGGUCUGUACAUCCUGCGUCUCGCUGAGGAUGGGCCAGCCCUCAAAGACGGCAGGAUUCACGUUGGUGACAAGAUUGUGGAGAUCAAUGGCGAGCCCACUCAGGGCAUCACACACACUCGGGCCAUUGAGCUGAUCCAAGCAGGAGGCAACAGAGUUCACCUGCUGCUGCGACCCGGACAGGGCCGGGUCCCGGACCACACUUCAAAAGGCAAAGCCUCCAUUCCAACGUCAAGCUUCCCCAGACUCUCUGCAUCCGAAGAGCAGCCGACCUCUCCGUCUUCAUCCUCCUCCAAAACCUCCACCCCCAAUGAGAUCGCCAGCGCGGAGCGCAGGGUGGCCGGAUCCCCGGGGGGCGAGCAGGACUACAGGCGCAACAUCAGUCCCAGCAGGAGGGCGAACAGGAGCGACUCCAAGUCAACCAGUCCCAAAAGAGCCAACGAGGGCGUGACGGUUCACGCCGAGCGGUCCCACAGUGGAUCCAUGGAGGAUAUGAGCAGGGAGAGACAGGUGGAGAACCGUUCCAGGAGUCCGAGGAAGGGCUCCAAGAGGGAUCAGGAAACCUUCCAGCCUUCCAGGCACCUGGAAGAGCCCUCCAGCCCCAGGCGCCCAGGUGGGCAACAACCCAGUGCUGAAGUGAAGGACCGGAGGCUGCAGGGGGAGGACGCCAGCACCACAGAGUGCGGGGACAGAAGCUGGGAGAAUGCAGAGAACGCCCACAGACGAGCAAAGAAGGCCGAGAAGGAAGCUGCCCCCAAGUCCCACAGGGACAGGGCCGGCUCUGACGCCGGAACGCUGAACCAGAGGAGCGCAAGGGAGAGGGCCGACAAGCACCAGGGCGCCAACGGAGACGUAAGCAGGAGGGACCCAAGGGGCUCCAGCAGUAGCGCCCAGGACCCCAACUGCAACGGGACCGCCACCAGCAAGAAGGCUCCCAUCACACCCGGACCAUGGAAGGUUCCCAGUUCCGCCAAGGUUCAGUCCCAAACAGAACCGGCUUACGCAGACGUCUGACGCUGAGAGCAGAGGGAGGUUUUCAGCGGACAUUUAUCACUGUGCAUCCGUCAUCCCUUUGCCUCAGACAGAUCUGCUGAGCUGUAAAUACAUGAGUUUCUUACGCUGCAGCGCCGUGUGUGACUCUGAAUGUGUGUGUGUGUGUGUGUACAACUAACAGAUUCUGAGUGGGAUUGUUUGUUUUUAUUGUCUUAUUUGGUGCCAAACUGGUUCUAAAGACGCUGCUCUUGACAACACUCACUGUGAAACGCACCAUCGAGACCUGGAAAGGAUGAAGGCAUUCUUGCACUGCAGAUUUUAUACCAAGAAUGGAAGAUAGAUGAAGGAAAAGGGAGUUUUCUCCUACAUUUGUCUGAAAGAGAGAGAAAAAAAAAGUCUUGUUUUUUGUUAUUUAGUUUAUUUUAUCUUGCAUUUAUAAAAUGAAGACAUAAGUUUGGGCGGAAAACAAGCCCGAAGCUUUAUAUGCAUCGACAAGCAGACCAGAAACUUGUGGCUCUAGAUCAAAUGUUUGUUACAAAUGUGACAAUAAUAAUGUAAUUUAUUAUUCAAGUUGUUGUUUGUGCACAUGUCCUUGUUAUGAAGAAGCAGGUCGUUUACUGGAAACCGAGUCGUUGACUGUUAAACUGCACUGUGUGUACAUAUAUUAACAGGCUAGUAUAUAAUGUGAAUUUUGGGCGUAUUUAACUAGCCUUUACAUAAUGGAGCCUGAUUGAUUCAAAUAAAAAACACUACUCUGCCUUUCUAUUCGUGUAAACAUCUAAGACAUAUUUUAAUCCUGAAUGUAGGCGGCAAAUUUGAAUUUAUUGCAAUUUGGCCUCAUUUUGGUCACGAUUUUUGUUUACUGCCUGAUAUUAGCUGAGAACACAACGCCGGAUCUUCUAGAAAAAUAAAAGUCAAGCGAUGCUCAUUAUUCUGGGAUUUGAAGUUCUUACAUUAAAAGCAAUAGUGGGGCGGUUCUGAAGACCAAAUGUAGCAUUUCUGUGUUCCUCUGUGGACUUCCAACACUCGCAGCCGAACCUUGAUCAGCCUGCCUGCUUCAGGAUGAAUCAAAGGGACCGGUGACUGUACCAUCACUGUUCAUGUCAUUGUUGUGUAUGACACUGUGGCCUUGCGUUGCUCUGACAUUGUUCUACAGAAAAAAGAAAUAGUUUUUUGGCAUCAUCAUAGUUGUAAAUGUCUAUAAAUUGUACAGCACCUGUAUAAAUAUAUCUGCCUUCAUUCAGAGAAAGAGAUAAAGUAAUCCUCUGUAAAUCGUUUUAUUAUUUUUUUAAGGGAAAUAAAGAGAGAAUAUUAUAUAAAAUGGGAUUUAAAGAGGUGAUGAAGUCAUGGCAAUUUGGUCAUUUACUCAUAAAUAAAGAUUUACUGGUUAAACCUGA